CGUCGUUUUUGGUCCAAUCAAGGCAUCCCUGACCACGGACGAUUUUGUUCCUACUUCUUUGCCGGUCAGACGACUUCCAGCCCUCCUCGUGUACACACCUAACGUAUCGAAUCUUCGUGUCACAAUUGAACUUUAAAAAUAAAACAACUCAAAGCAAAGAAAUGGACCAGAAAUGUGGAGAUGUUAUCAAGGCGGCGGGUGAUGCAGCUAACCUCGAAAAGGCGGGUAAGGAAACCCCGAUUAACAAGGGAAAGGCCGGCGAGGUUAACAUCUCUGACUGUGUCGACGAGUUGUGUCAAACCGUUGCCGAAUCAUUCAAAGAACAUAAACAGAAGGAGCCGACGUCAAAGAAGCUCAAGAUUGACGAGUACAGGGCGUUAAACCGUUGCUCAAUUGCCGCGUCUAAACAGAAUCAGUCUGGUGAUAUUAUUAUCCUUCAUAGACGCGGCGUUAAGCGUACGCAAGAUGAUAUGGCGAUCCUCGACUCGAAAGACAAAACUACGGGGCCUGUUAAACGACGAUCGAACAUACACGCUAACGCAGAGGUACAAGAGAUAGUGGCUAUCCAAACAUUGAAAACUGGCGGAAGAAAUCUGUUGGUGAGAUGGAAACAUCUAUCCGACGAGUAUGACACUUGGAUGGAAGAGGAAAAGUUGCUGAACGACCCUGCAUAUGUGCUAUUUGUUCAACUAGAAAAAGAGGCAGAAGAAAAGAGGAAGGACAAGAUUAAACAGACAUUGAGAAAUAAGAAGGAUGAAGGAAUGAUUUAAUAAGCCUUAAGUCAAGUUUUAUAAUCAAGAUUUCAACAUAAUUUUUUUUUAAAUAAAAAGGUACUUUUUUCAAAUGUAAAUAACGAGUAAAAUUUUUAAUUGUCUGUACAUGUGAACAGCAUGGCAUUUAAGGUAUUUGUGUUCUUAUUUCACUUAUUAGUUGAAAUAUUGUGACAAAAAUAUAAUUGAUUGUUUAGUAAUAAGAAUUUUUUUUUAUAAAUCAGUGCAUGUACGAUCAACCAAUUUGAAUGUCUGUUUGAAAUUAAUAAACAUUGUUUUUUAAAUAAUC